AUGAUCUCUGCCUCGACUUUGGCAGCUCUUCUCGCUCUGGGCCAUGGUGUCCUCGGACAGCAGGCUGGCACCUCAACUGCUGAGAACCACCCUCCCAUGAGCUACCAGAAGUGCACUACUGGAGGUCAAUGCACUACUGUCAAUACCAACAUUGUGCUCGAUGCCAACUGGCGUUGGUUGCACUCGACCAAUGGAUAUACAAACUGCUAUACCGGCAACAAGUUUGACAGCACUCUCUGCCCUAACAAUGUUCAAUGUGCUGCCAACUGCGCUCUUGAUGGAGCAGACUACUCUGGCACUUACGGUAUUCAAGCCAGCGGUAACUCUGUCAGCUUGAAGCUCAAGCAGGGCAACAACGUCGGAUCUCGUGUCUACUUGAUCAACGGCAACAAGUACGAGUUGUUCAAGCUGAAGAACCAGGAGUUUACCUUCGACGUUGAUGUUUCUGGUCUUGGUUGCGGCAUCAAUGGCGCCUUGUACUUUGUCAAGAUGGAUGCCGAUGGCGGUCUUGCCAAGUACCCUACAAACAAGGCAGGAGCACCCUAUGGAACUGGCUACUGCGAUGCUCAGUGCCCUAGAGAUCUCAAGUUCAUUGCUGGCAAGGCCAACGUCGAGGGAUGGGUACCCUCAAACGGAGACCCCAACUCUGGCACCGGAAACACUGGUUCAUGCUGUGCUGAGAUGGACAUCUGGGAGGCUAACUCAAUCUCCACCGCUCUUACUCCUCACCCUUGCACUACCAACGGUCCUUGCACUGGCAACACCACGUGCGGUACUGGCGAGUCUCGCUAUGACGGCUACUGCGACAAGGAUGGUUGUGAUUUCAACCCCUACAGAUGGGGCGCCCAGAACUUCUUCGGACCUGGCAAGACUGUUGAUUCGAAGCAGAAAAUGACCGUGGUCACCCAAUUCAUAACCUCGGACAAUACCGCUACCGGUACUCUCAGCGCCAUCCGCCGCCUCUACGUCCAGAACGGCAAGGUCAUUCAACAGGCCAACACCAACGUUGCUGGCAUCACCCAGACCAACCAGAUCACCGACAGCUUCUGCAAGCAGCAAAAGACCGUCACAGGCGACCCUGAUUCAUUCUCUCAGAAGGGCGGUCUUGCAGGUUUCAGCAAGGAUCUCGAUGCUGGUAUGGCUCUUGUCUUUAGUGUCUGGGAUGACUACGAUGCCAACAUGCUCUGGCUCGACUCUACUUACCCUGUUGGCUCCAACAAGGUCGGUGCUGCUCGAGGUACCUGCCCCACUACCUCUGGCAAGCCCAGCGAUGUCGAAUCUCAACAAGGCAACGCUGCUGUCACCUUUAGCAAUGUCAAGUUUGGACCCAUUGGCUCUACCUACAAGGCUCAGUAA